AUGGCCAGCCACGGCGCCCCGCGCUCCCAGUCCCUCCAGCACCGCUCAGAGCAACAGAAGCAGAAGGAGCUCGAGCAGAUAGGGAAAUACAAUGAGCUGGUCGCCGAAGUGAAUGCGAAGGCAAGCAAUCGUCGCGCUCUCGUCCCGUCUGCGACUAACAAGCCUCCCCAGAUUGCUGCGACGCAAUACACGCCCGAGUCGCUGGCCCUUGUCUCCAAGCUCCUCGCCCAGAACCCCGAAUACUAUACCAUAUGGAACCACCGCCGCUUGAUUCUCGAGCACAUGUUCAAAGAUGCUCUGGCCUCUUCUCCGUCGGCAGAAGAGGAGCUCUCCUCUGGCCAGCAAACAGUUCUCGACUACAUUACAAACGACCUGCACUUUCUCGUUCCUCUCAUCAUGAAAUUCCCGAAGUGCUACUGGAUAUGGAAUCACAGGAUAUGGUUGUUGCAGCAGUCCACCGAGUUAUUGCCUACCAGCUCCGCGCGGCGCCUGUGGCAGGAAGAGCUCGGUCUGGUCGGCAAGAUGUUGAGCCGGGACAGUCGCAACUUCCACGGCUGGAACUACAGGAGACUUGUCGUCUCGAACCUGGAGCAGCUGGAUGGCCAGCAUACGAGCAUGGUCGAGCCUGAGUUCGAGUACACUACGAAGAUGAUCAAGACCAACCUGUCCAACUUUUCCGCCUGGCAUAACCGUAGCAAGCUGAUCCCUCGUUUGCUGGAUGAACGCAAUGCAGACGGAGAAGCACGCCAGAAGUUCAUGAAGUCAGAGCUGGACCUCAUCCAAGGCGCGUUGUACACGGAUCCCUACGACCAGUCCUUGUGGUUUUAUCAUGCCUUCCUCAUGGCCACGCUUGACCAGAACAGCCCUCGGAAUGCACGUAUCGUUCAAGACGUUGAUGAUGGAGUACGCGCCAAAUACCUGGAAGCAGAGCUGGAUACCAUCAGAGAAAUGCUCGACGGAGCAGAAGACUGCAAGUGGAUCUACCAAGCCUUGCUGGAAACCGCAGCAGCGCUGAAAGUGGCAAAACAAGGAGAAGAUGCUGGGCUUGCUACCGAGAUGGCCGAAUGGCUGUCCCAAUUGAAGCAUCUUGACCCCCUUCGCUCAGCCAGAUGGGAUGAUCUUAGCAAGAAGCUCAAGCUAUAA